CUUUUGGCCAGAGCUGACGAAUUUCCUCCUCUCGCCUUUGAGCCCGGCCAAAAACAAUAAUCAAACGGGCAGCAGAAACGUUCAAAAAAGUUGGCGGUUGUGUGGUGAAGUGACUAUGAAUUGAUCAAAUCCAUCAAUAUACCAGUAUAGUAUAGUAUAGAAAGGGGUAAAUCAUAUUUAUUCGCUAAUUAGCGUCUAUCGAGUUACUUAUUUGUUUUGAUUUGCCAAUUUUUUUGUACUCCUUUUUGUUUUUGUGCAAUUGGUAAUUUACAAUAUGCUGUACAGCGGUGAAUUAUAAAAAUUCAACAACAGCAGCAGCAGCAACAAAUAAUAAUAUUAAUAAAACAAAGCGAAGCGAGAGAAACAACAAAUUCGAAUAUGCAAAUUAAAUAAUUUUGUUUAUGGUGCAGUCGAAAGAAUUCCGAAAAUAAAGUGCAAAAAAGUAAAACAACAAAAUAUUUUAUUUGAAAAUUUUAACCUGUUCUGAUAGCGGCUGGAUCCGACGAUUGAGAAACCUCUGCCAAUCGUACACACAUGUUUUCGGGUUCGUUGAUUGGCGGCCAGAACGCCGCGUCAUGUUGUUGCUGCCAGCGGAAAUAUGUCCAGCAGCAACGACAACAACAAUGAACAACAACACUAACAAAAGUUGCCCAACGAAAAGUAAUUUGCGAAAAUCAUAAAAAAGUAGCGUAAAUAACUCCCGGCUCUGCCAGCGACCCAAGUGGAGCAAAAAGCACAAAGGCCAAGCGCGAAAAUAGCCAGAAAAUUGCUGGAAAGCUUUUGGUUCACACCGAAACAAGAAACCCCAGAAACGAAAUAAUAAUAACAUUCAAGAACGACAACUCUAGGAACAAGCCGAGCGAAAAUAAAAACACAAACAAGAACAGCAAGUGUCGCCGUUUUCUUAUGCACAAAAACCAUUCUGUGAUAUCUCAAGACCCAAAGAUGGCAUCGUUAACCUUGCACUUGAUAGUGAUAGCUCUGCUGGCGUCGACGGCGCUGUCAACGGCGACGACACCAACAGCAACAGCAGCAGCAACUGCGACGCCGGCAGCGACGCGACAGCGCGGCCGCGGCUUGGUCGUCUUCCAGGGGGCGGGGGGCGUGCCGGUAUCCACAACCAGCACGGAGGCGCCAACGCUGAGGGCGCCACGUCAGCGUCGUCCGCCCACGACGCAGUCGAUCGAUUUAACGGUGACGGUGACCCCGAUUCGCAGUCGCGGCCGCAGUGGCAGCGCAGCGACGCCUCUGCCGCCGCUCACAGCAGCAGCAGCAGCAACAACAACAAGCGGUAGGCUUUUGCAGCGGCGGCGCAGCACAGCAGCAACAACAACAACAACGGGAGCUCCUGCUUCAGCCGGCAGAUCUUCGAGGGAUCGGGGCAGUGUGCGAGGUCCCAGACAACCGCGUGAUACCCCGGACUUAAGUGGCGAGUCGAGUAUACGACGCAGCUGGCAGUCCGCGCCACCCACCGCUGUUCCCUACCACGCCCACUCGCCCACAUCCAGCCCCAGUUCCAGUGACAGCGCCGGCUCCACUUCCAGCACCACUUCCAGUCGCGGCGCACUGAAAACGCCCCGAAUGAUUCAGCGACUGGUGGCCGGUCACAUCCAGAAUGCCCAGGGGCAUUCCACCUACGAGGUGUCGGCGGUGAGUGCCAACAGCUCCUUCUCCACUUUCGGUCCUUCCACGACGGAAAGGACCAGUACCUCAACAUCCACGACAACCACAACGACGAAGCCAACUCCUUUGAGGAGCAAGGCGAGCAGCAGCUACCGUCUGGCCAAGCCAUCGAUUAGGCCGAGAUUAACCAGCACAGUAGCCACGACGAGAUUUAGUAAUCCGCCGAGCAUCUCGAGAUCCACAACUCCGCUGCCUCCACCCAGAUUCAAUACCCCGAGUUCCUACAAGGAACGGGAAUCCGACGAUGAUGAGGCUCUGCUCAACGAGCCCGACGACUUCGACAACUGGGACAAUGGCAUCCUGCGGCUGAGCGCUGGAUCGGGCAAGGAAGCCGAUGCUCCGGCCAAGAAACCAGCCAAGGAGGACCAGAAGAAAACGCUGGCCGACCAGGUGAGGGAUGGCAAGUAUGGGCUGAUCGAAAAGGAGCUCUUCCGCCGCAUUCCCAAGCGACCAGGAGUGCUGAGCUAUGCUCGCAACUCGGAGGUGCCGCUGGACAACGAGCGGAACUACGGUGGACUGAACGAGGAGGACAUCUGGCUGGCCGAGGAUCACCUGCUGGUGAUCAAGGGUGGCUCUCUCAACGAGGAGGCGGAGGACAAUCAGCAGGGCCCGUGGCCGGCCAUCGAUGACUAUGAUGCACCCGGGAGACAGAUUAAGUUGCCAGCAAAUCCGGCGGUGCCGCCUCCAUUUCCCGUGCAGCUCGAACCGAACGGGCCGCUGCAGCUUAUCCGAGAUAAUCAACUCGAGAUCCUCCGUCCGGCGGCUGGCAAUGCAACGCUAUCCGCUAAGGGAGCCAACUACCAGGGCCACCAAGGCGCCGCCGCUGAAAAUCUCGCAUCGCAUCCUGUUGCCCGGACGGGAGCGACUGCAGCAUCUCCGGCAGCUAAGUCCGCGGAUGCCGCCGGUCCGGAUACCGGUCCGGCCUACGUCUAUCCGGCGCCCUAUGCCCCUUGGCUGCUCUACCCCUCUAACGACUCGGUGGCGUCCAAGGGCCUGCUGAGGACUCCGCCGCUCCUGGGACCCUGGCUGAUCAACGGACUGAAUGGCAAUGGUUCGCUGAUCGGGGAUUCCCCACUUCCAGGCAAUGUCAGCGAUUUCGACGAGGAUGAUCCCUCGCUCUACUAUCCGCCAGCCUAUACGUUCGUGUACAGGAGCAACUACUCGAAUCCUGUGCCACCAGGUCCGCUGGUGCCGGGCAUAGUCCUACCACCGCCGCCGGAUCACUUCAGCCGACUCGAGGGCGGUGUCUCGACGAGAAGACCCCCGACCACGACCAGCAGCACCACGAGUAGUACGACCAGCAGUACCACGACCAGUACCACCACCACCACCACUUCCAGACCUCCAGUGCACUUGCCCGCCAUCCGAACGUCGUAUAAGCCCAAGUACAAUGGAAUCACCUACCUGCCACCGCCGCCCAGACACAGCUCACCCAAAUAUGUAGAAAGAGUGCCCGUGCCGGUGGCCGUGCCCAUUCCGAUCUAUCCAGUCAACUACACACCGCGACCCCAGCUGGUCUUUGUGCCCAGCUCCACGGAGGGCUCUCGCCAGGAUCAGUCACUCGAUCCGCCGCUUUCCAAGUCCAAUCCCAUCUACUACGAGUAUUUCGAGGCCAAGCGGCAACCGGGCUCAAUCAAAUCGAAUGCCAUCGACGACUUUCUGGCCACCAAACCGCCCAAGCGGCACCAUCACAGCAAUAAUCUCCACCAGCGUGAGCAUCUGCAGCACUACAAGGCGUCGCCAAGUCCAGCCAACGAUGUGGCCCCCGAGGUGGUCAACAUUACGCCCAAGCCCAGGACUGCCCAGCUGCAGCUACACGCGGAGUACGAGGCAUCACUGGGCCAGCUUCUUAGAAGCAACCUUAUUUCGCCAACAGGAGGAGCAAAUCCGGGGCGAUUCCAGGCCCCCGACUUCGACAAGCAGCCCUUCCUGCCCAUGGUGAACUACAGUGCGGAUGAGCACGAUCAGAACGCCUUCAAGGCGAUAGUUUACCAGCCUCCUGGCCAGCGACAGCGUCAUUUGCGGGUCGGCAAACAGCAGCUCCAGUUGGAUCCCAAUCUGGAUGCCACUCAGCCGGAUUCCUACCUACCGGGUCGCCACUUCCGCGUGGGCAAACAGCACCAGCAGCAGCCCAUCUAUGAGCCGCAGAUCUACAGCACGCCGAUACCGCAAUUUGUGGAGGAUCAGCAACAAUUGAGGCCCCCGUCUCCUGUCCAGUCCAAUCCGCUGCAGUUUUGGCAACGACCUCCGCCGCAGUUCAAGAGGGUGCGUCCGAGCAGCAAACAGGGACACCUUGCCCAUUCCCAUCCGCAUCCUCACUAUCCGCCGUACUAUGUGCCUGGGUAUCCGAGUGCUCCGGCGGCAGAACCCCUAUACCGUCUGGUGCCCGUGGCCCAGCACAAGCACUGGAGGAACAAGCAGCCGCAGGUGCAGCAGGUGCAAUCGCAGCCCAUCCAGGUGCAGGCCCAGAAUCAGGGCUAUCCCGAUCGGAGCGUGAAUAUCGGUCACAGUCUCGCCGGCGAUAUCCUGGUCAACUACAACACGAACAACCAGUUCAAUCCGCAGGCGGAACUGGUGCCCCAGGCCCAGUUGGCGGCACCGCCUCCUCCGCUUUCCUAUCAGGCCCAAAGUGGCCAGCCCUUGUGGUCCGAAAGGGAACGGGAACGGGAUCGCGACAGGGAGCGAUCGGUGAGGCAGUCAAGGGAACAGCAGCAGCAGCAGCAGUAAUAAUAUACGCACUAUAUCAUAAUCUGAGUAAUCAUGUCGAUAACGAUGGUUCUAUGUCAUUGAUAAACGUAGUGUCAAAAUGUGAUCUAUACGGAGGCCAAGCCGAACCCCCUAUCGAAUCCCAGCCUAGACAAUACGAGAUGGAAGUCGACCAUUUUUUAUAGAGAAAUCCUUUCUGUGUAUACCAUUUCAUUACGGUCUUUGGAUUCCAUACACCCAAAUCUUUUAAUAUGGUCUCACGUUUGUUCUUUCAACAUUUCUAUAUUUUCUACAUUAUAUUUCGAGCUUUUCUGAAUACAGAAUAUUUCUUGUACUACAAAGCUUUUUAAAAAAAUUAAAUUUUUUCUGAUUAACCGAAUAAGUCCAUUAAUCCACGUUCUUCGCCACCACUAACAAAUAGUUACGUUAUGUAGAGCUGGUCAUAUAAGAAAUAAACCCCGAUUUGGUCCUGCUGCUCACCUCUCGAUGGCGAUCAACUAUCGAUAUGCAGAUACAUAUAUAUCGCCAAUCGCUGACAGAGUUAAUAUAUAUUUAUACCACAUUUAAGUACCUACAUAUAUCCCUAUGCGGUAAAUAUAUAUAUUCGAAAACCUAUGUAAAUAAAAAAACGAGUGUAGGCGCUACGGACACCACUUAGUCUUAGGGGCAGUAAAAUACAUAAAUACUUUAUCGAUAUCGAUAGAAACGAAGGAUCCGUCGUUUAGCCUUAGCUAUAUGUUUUAUCCUGCACACACACUAUAUGUAUUAUUUUUUUCUAUUUAUUGUAAUCUGUUUUUGAAUGUUUUCCAAAAUCAUUGCAAAACUUUGUAUAAAAGCCAUAACAACUAAGGUCACUAUAAGUUAAAAUCACGCUAUGCAACUAAUGAACACACUAUGCGUUAAUUAAACAUUUAGUUUGUAUACCAUACAUAAAAAAUAUAUCUUUUUUUUUGAUUAAUGUAAACGAAUAAAAUAAUUUGUAGACAAAAAU